CAGCGCCCACCCGCACCACCAACAAGCCUCAGCAGACUCCUGACCAGCGCCCCCCACGCAGCACCCACGGCCCCACCAUGCCUGCGCCCGCAACCCCACAGCCCCGCCUGCGGCGCGGCGCCCCGCCGCUCCUGCUCCUCCUGACGGCUCUCGCCACCGGCCUCGCCUGCCACCUCCGGCCUCCCCGCGACGACACCUUCCCCUGGCGCAGCCUCCAGCUCCUGCGCGACAUGGCUCCCAGCCCCACACCGCCCUGCCAACACCACCAGGCGCCCGUCUUCCCCGACACCCUCCUGCACAACAGCCACCCGCAGCAAGCCGCCGCCACCGCCCUACGCAUCCUACAGCACCUCUUCCACACCCUCAGCAGCCCCAGCACCCCCCACAACUGGCACAACGACGCACGGCACCAGCUCCUCAACGGCCUCCAGCACCGCAUCCAGCGCCUCCAGCACUGCCUGCCGGACAACGCCACGCUCUUCCCGGGACAAGGGCCCUGCAACGCGCUGCUCACCAUCAAUAAAUACUUCCGACACAUCCAGGACUUCCUGCGCGCACACAACCACAGCGCCUGCGCCUGGGACCACGUCCGCCUCGAAGCUCGCCUCUGCUUCCAGCACCUGCACAACCUCACCCGCACCACGCGCAAUUAG